AUGGGCAUUGAAGUCCUUUAUAUUGCAAUUGGUGGUGCAAUAGGAGCUGUUUUUCGUGGGGUUAUUUGCAUAUUAUUCGAUAAAUGCUAUAAAAAGAAGUUUCCACUAGCAGUUUUUAUCAUUAAUAUCACUUGCUGCUUUUUGUAUGGAAUAUUAUCUAAAAUUACAUUUAGAAAGCACUAUCCAGAAGAAUUACACGUAGCACUAACAACAGGUUUCUGUGGUGGAUAUUCAACUUGGUCAACAUUCGCCAGCCAAACAUUUAAACUUGGAAAAAAUAAAGAUUACAUGAUAGCUGUACUUAAUGUUGUAGCAAAUCAUGUGGUUGGUUUCUUCUUUUGUUGGCUUGGUCAACUAAUUGGAAAAAAGAUCUAA